AUGGGAAACGUUCGCCUAAUUUGGAACAACUACCAACAACAACAGCAAGGACAACAAGUUGCAGUUCAUCAUACUCAUCUCGAUCUCGAUGCAAAGGACAUCAGUGCAGUGCACACGACCGAUUCCAUCCAAAAACGAAAUUUGAACGGACCCGUAAAUGAUACCCCCUCGACACCGAUCUCACAGUCACCGCAGAGUACGUCCUGCAGUCCGUUCACCACCGGCUACUACAGCGGCCAGGUGUUCUUCCCGCAGACCCCGAACGCGGUGCUGCGGACCCCGCCGGGUGCCAUCGGCGGACGGGGCGGCGGGGUGUUCUUCGGACUGCCCACUCCGAGUCCCAGUGGAAGCAGCAGCCACAGCAGCCAGCACAGUGCCAACAGUCCGGAUACGCCGUCCUGCUCGGCGGCAAUUUUUCACCAAUUCCCGACGAGCUUCUCGACGCCCAGUAGUGGAACCAGUCCUGCCAUUGUCGCCGCGUCCACCUCAUCGUCUUCCUCCUCCGCCGUAUGGAACGACGAAGGAGAUGAAUCGAGUGAGUCCGACUCGUCUCAGCCUUCGUCCGGAUGUAGUUCGCACUGCUUGGGCCUUCCGGCAGUGCACGGUCAUCCAUCGCACCACGAUGGCAUCGGUGGCGGCAGCGGCAGCAGCAGCAGCAGCAGUACUAGCGGAAGCGGCGGAACAAUGGGCCUAAUGGCUGCAAACAACAACGCAGGGUUCAUUCCACCCCAUCUGGACUACAUGGCUGGUCGUGAACAGCUGCAGGAGUUUGCCGGCAAAAUCCCACAGCGCAAGAAGAAGUCCAAGGCAAACAAGUCCAGGAAAUCGAGAUUUCUGGAGCAGACCCUGGUGUGGCCGACAUUGGCCGUGACCGCCACGUUGUUUGCCAUCGGCUGGGGAUUCCUUGCUGCCAGGUGA